AUGGCCUCAUCCCAGUCUGAAGUGGCCUUCGCAAAGGCCUCCAUUAGAGGCUCUGCACGGAUUAUGUCGAGGAACGAGGUCAGCCCAGCUCAAUUGUCAGAGAUUGCAGAGCUAUGUGGUCUGUCUGAAGACCAGAUUGAAGACGUUUAUAGUUGCACAACUACCCAAGUUGGUUUCACAUUACAAGGAAGGACAUCCACGCUGGUUUUUGUUUAUGAAAUUGGCCCCGACGCCGACAUUGAUCGGUAUCUAGAUGCUGUUCGCGAAGCAGUCGCUCGAAAUCCCAUUUUUCGUACCCGGAUAGUGAAGAGCAGCAGCCUUGGCUAUGUGCAGGCCGUGACGAAUGUGGCGCAUGAGACUGAGCGCGUUGAUGGGGACCCGUUUGAGUAUGCCCAGCGGCCAGAGGUCUACGAUAGGGUCCUGGGGCAGCAGCUAUUCCGUACAACAUGUAUCGACCGGCAUUUAGUGGUGGGAAUUCACCACAACGUCAUGGACAACUUCUCUUGGAACACCUUCUUGAAUGUUGAGAUCGCGGGGGUAUACCAGGGGUUACCUCAGCAGAAACGAGCUCCGUACAAGGAGUUCGUGAAGCAAUGUUUGGAGCUGGAUGAGUCGGCCGCCACGUCAUUCUGGAAGCCUCGUUUUCAAGGGGUUCCAGCGAUUUUCCCCAAGCCAUUGCCAAAUCACAGAGUCCUGAACAAGAUCAGGCCCCCGCGCAAGAUUCCCUUGGAGCACAUUGGAACGAAAGUGCCCGUGUUCCAGGUACCUUCUUACAUUGAGAUAGCAUGGGUCUUGACAGCUAGCAUCUAUGCGGAUAGCGACAAGAUCGCUUAUGGGAUGAUAUUGGCAGGUCGCUCCCCUGAUCUCGACAGUCAUACAGGCUGGCUGGGUCCCAUGUUGGUGGGUGUUCCCCUGCAAGCCAAUAUACAACGCACCAUGUCCAUCGAGCAGCUUCUCAAAGAUCGCGUGGUGUCUCUGCGUCAGCUCCAGAAAGAACCGAUUCUUCUCCAAUUUGGAAUGGACCGGAUUUCUGACAUCAGUGAAGCGAGUAAGGUCGCUUCAGAGUUCCAGGCAAUCUUGAACUUUAGAGCUCCUGUCCAGAAAACGACCGAAUCAAGCUCAGACGCUUCUCUUGCUACGCUCCGCGGGUCUUAUAACAUGUCUUCAUGCUUUCCCUUAGAGAUCAUCUCUGCCCCUAUGGAUGACGGUAUCUCCAUGGACGUGAACCAAGAUAGGGAUGUCAUUCCAGAUGAAGAGAUGGAACGUGUUUUGAAUCAACUGGAACAUACCAUAAGAGCAAUCAUGGACGCACCACCUCAAACUAAAAUUGAUCAGCUCAGGCUUCUGAACCGUCACGAUCAUGCGCAGAUUCUUUCGUUCAACGAAACGACUCCUCAGAAGCUCGAGGGUUGUAUCCACAGUUUGUUCAAAGAGAAGGUGAAUGAAUAUCCUGAUAGUACAGCCAUCGAAGGAACAGAUGGGAGUGCGACUUAUCAAGAGUUGGAUCGACUCUCAGAUCGCCUGGCUCAUCACUUGCGGGCGAACGGUGUCAAGCUUGAGGAUCGAAUCGGCCAUGCGUUUGCCAAUUCGCUUUGGGCCAUAGUCGCGAUCCUUGGUACCAUCAAGGCUGGCGCUGUGUGCGUUCCUAUUGGUAUAAACGAAGAAUCCGAUCAGAUUGGAGCCUUCCUAUCUCAGACUGGUAUCCGAACGGUUCUGACGUCGCCUACAGAGGAUGUGCACUUCACCGACACUGGAGCGAAGGUGCUCCUAGUUAACUCUGAAGCCAGCAAAGAAUGGCCAGAAAACUCGGGAACCCCAAGUGAACAAACUGCUUCCCCCGAAAGCUUGGCCUUCAUUACAUCGUCUGAUGCCAGUACCGGCCCAUCAAAGCGAGUUUUGAUUGAGCAUAGCUCUGUUGUAUCAGGGCUAGUGCCUCUCCUUGAGCAACUCAAAUGGCAUCCAGAGUCUCGAAUUCUGCACACGAGCCCUUACACAUCAAAAUAUGGGCUGACCGAGGCGCUUGGCGCCCUUUUAGCAGGCUCUCGCCUUUGUAUUGCCCCUAAAGGAAUGAAUGGGACAACGCUCUCGAGCUUUUUAGGCGAACACAAAGUGACCUGGGCAAUGCUGCCUGCCACAGCGCUGCAAGGUCUAUCCGCGGAAUCUCUACCAAGUAUUGAAGGGAUCAUUCUGACAAGUGGGUUGGCCAAGUCUGACCCUGCAGCAAGUUGGGCCAAGAAUAGCAAGAUUUUCAAUGCCUGGGGGCCAUGUGAGGCAGCAGGCUUUUCCACUAUUGCAAAAAUAAGCGGAAAAAACCUUGACCACAGUUCUGAGGAUAUUGGUAUCCCUAUAGGCUGUUCUCUGUGGAUCGCCAAUGCUCGCGAUAUCAACCAACUGGCACCAAUCGGUGGCGUAGGGGAACUAGUGGUCGAAGGACCUCACAUUGGCCGGUCGUAUUUGGAUGACGUAAAGCAGACCACAGCAACCUUUAUUCCUCCCCCUGAAUGGGUACCCGCCAAAGACAAGCAAGCAAGGUUCCUUCGCACCGGCCAGCUUGCCAAGUACAAUGCGGAUAGGAGCAUCUCCUUAGUUGGCAGAGUCUCGAAUCGAGUAAAGGUUGGCAAGGAAACAAUACAGCUUGAAGAGAUUGAGAAUUUGCUCGCCAGAUGCAAUGAGAUUCGGGAAGUUGUUGCCAUCUCGAAGAUUAUCAGAGGCCGCACCAACUUGAUUGGCUUGGUUAGCCUGUCAGAUCCGCGUCUGCCAAGCGCGAAGGUCUUCCAGCCUCUCGGUGAGGCACAGCUAGACGUCUGCAAAGAACAUCUGAUGUCAGUGCGCACGCAGUUGGCGUGUAAAGUGGCCUCUCAUAAAGUUCCCACCACGUGGAUCGUUCUGGAAAGGCUACCGCAAACUCCUUCUCAAAGAAUCAAUCGAACCGCCGUUUCUGAGUGGAUGAAGGCCGGCAAAGGAGACAAAUGCUCCAUCAGCAUCUAA